UCACGACAAGGAGGCGGGAUUUUAGCCUGAAUGUUGCUUUCGACGUGUCUCCGGAGCAGCAGAGAGAGAAGUGUGUGUUUGCGUGUCAAACCCGGGUCUGUUCUGCUCCAGUCUACAGCAUUAACCCGGGUCUGUUCUGCUCCAGUCUACAGCAUUAACCCGGGUCUGUGCUGCUCCAGUCCUGUGUGUGAAAGGGAAGUUAAACCCGGGUCUGUUCUGCUCCAGUCCCCCUCCAGUCUACAGAGCAAUGGGGGAGACACGUUUAGCAGCUCACGUGUUUCUCUGGAGUCUUUCUGCACUCUACAUGUUCGCCUUCGCAUCUCUUUAUGUGCAGAUUCCUGGUCUGUACGGUAACGACGGUAUUCUCCCGGCGAGGUGGAUGCUGCGGUUGGUGGGGAAGAGUGUGUGGGAGCGGCUGAGGGACACGCCCACUCUGCUGUGGUUCGGCCCGCAGCUCGGACUCGACACGCAGCACUGCAUGGAGCUUCUGAGUCUGAACGGAACGAUUCUCAGCCUUGUGGCCAUGACAGUCCCUGCCCUUAGAGACUGCAGGCUGUAUUUCAUCCUGUGGGUUCUUUACCUGUCUCUAUACCAGGUCGGACAAGUCUUCUUAUACUUCCAGUGGGAUAAUCUCUUGUUAGAGGUGGGCUUCUUGGCCGUCCUGAUUGCCCCUAUGAGAAUGCCCUGGGGUUACAGAGUGAGUUUCCACGAUGGUGUGACCUUCUGGCUGCUCCGCUGGCUGCUUUUCCGCCUGAUGUUCGCUUCUGGAAUCGUCAAACUGACCAGUCGCUGUCCCACCUGGUGGGGUCUCACAGCACUGACAUAUCACUAUGAGACACAGUGUAUCCCGAUGCCCCUGGCCUGGUUUGCCCACCAGUUGCCCGUGUGGUUUCAGAAACUCAGCGUCGUCGCCACCUUCGUCAUCGAGAUCGCUGUUCCGUUUCUGUUCUUCAGCCCCAUCCGCAGACACCGACUCUUUUCUUUCUACACGCAGGUUUUACUGCAGGUGCUGAUCAUCCUCACAGGGAAUUAUAACUUCUUUAAUUUGCUGACCGUCGCGCUGUGUUUCUCUCUGCUGGACGACGAACACGUCGGCUUGUGGCUCCGCAGGCACACACGGCAGAACGAGACGAAUUCCCUGCGCGCCGCGUUGGCCUGGGUGUGUGUCGUGGUCGAAGUGGGUGUUUACGCUCUGCUCAGCUACUACACCGUCCUCUUCUUUGACCUGAAAGUGGACUGGGACAAGAAAAGUGUCUCCUCUAAAACCGCUUUCACUUAUUAUGAGUUUAACAGCAUGCUGAAGGCUGUGAUGGUGCCCAGUGUUUGGAUCGGGGUUCUGUCUCUCACCUGGGAGAUCAUUACUGCCAUGUUCAGGAGUGCGUGUGUGAGGGGUGUGUUUCGUCGUCUCUGGAGCACGAUGCAGUGGGGCGUCUUCUCUGCAGCAGCAGUUUCCAUGUUCACCAUCAGCCUGGUUCCCUACACCUACAUCGAGUACGAGGCCAACUCCAACCUGUGGCCCGGUGUGCGCAGGGUGUUUGAUUUGACUGAUCGCUAUCAGCUGGUGAACUCGUACGGUCUGUUCCGGAGGAUGACUGGGGUCGGAGGUCGUCCUGAGGUCGUCAUGGAGGGCAGCAUGGAUGGCAGAAACUGGGUGGAGAUUAACUUCAUGUAUAAACCUGGGAACGUGAGCACAGCACCCCCGGUGGUGAUUCCUCAUCAACCCCGACUCGACUGGCAGAUGUGGUUUGCGGCUCUCGGCCCUCACACUCAGAGCCCGUGGUUCAGCAGCCUCGUACGGCGCCUCCUACAGGGGAAGAGUGAUGUGAUAAAGCUGAUUCAGACAGAUGAGACUCGCUACCCGUUCAUUAAACAGCCUCCCGUCUACAUCCGCGCUCAUCGCUAUAAGUACUGGUUUACAGAGCCUAAAGAGGACGGGUCAUUACCCCAGAGGUGGUGGAGGAGGAUCUACGUGGAGGAGUUUUAUCCUCCUGUGCGUCUGGGCGAUGCGUUGUUGGAGGAUGUUCUGACUCAGAACGGCCUCAAUAUAAAGGAUAAAUCCCCCCCGCGGCGUGCUUCCGGUUCGUGGCUCUUGCGGACGUUGCAGUGUGUAGGUGAACACGCGAGGGACGUCCCUGCUCACGUUCUGCUCUGGACACUCUUCAGUUCAGCAGCUACCAUGUGUCUGAUCAACUGUCUGAUCUCACACACUCAUCCUCUAACACACACACACGACCAAGAACAGCAGGAGGAGACCAAGGAUGUAAAGAAGGAACAGGAAGAGGAAGUGAAAAAGGAAGACAAGGAGGAAGUCACAGAGGACGAGCAGGAGGAGGAGGAAUGUGAGGAAGAGGAGGUUAUGAAGACAAGUGACGAGAGCGAGGAAGAGGAUUGAGAAGAAAAUAUAGAGUGAGAAGUUAUGAGGAGGAGGGGGGGGGUUCUGUUGAGGUGAAAUGAAUGCACUACAUCACAUCGCUCUCGUGUUUAAUAAAAAAGUUCUUUUCUAAAUUUUUCUAAAUUAAAGCAUCUCUAUUCUUAUUACGAUGAUGAUGAUUGUUGUUGUUGUUGUUAUUGUUAUUAAACCCCACCAGGUUUCUCACGGCCCUCAGACCUCAGGCUUUAUAACGCUUUAUAACUGACCUGAAAUGGUGUUUUUUACUAGAAGUAAAAUCUGAGAUGAAACCCGAUCGACUGAAAGGUCUGAGCUCACAUGAUGUUCUCAGAAAAGUGUCCUAGAUUUCACACACACACACACACACACACAUGCACGCACACACACAUAUGUAUAUACACACACACAUACACAUGCAGAAACACAUACACACACAUGUUUUUAAGCUUGUGACUUGUCUUAAACGUUUUGUGUAUUUAUAUAUAAAAGAAUUGUUAUAAAAUAAAUACAGAAAUGAAGAGUGUGAGACUGAA